UGAGCGAGUAAACGUUUACGCCUGAAGCUAAACUGCUCCUAGUCAACAGGAUCUCCUUUCUGUGUACUGUAUGGCAUGUGAAAAAUAAUGGUCACACUAGAUAGCGCACUUUGCGUCCAAUAGGAAGGCGUUUGGGUUAGAGAGAGAGGGAGAGAGAGAGAGAGAGAGAGAGAGAGAAGAGCUUCAGCUUGAGACGCAUCGCAGUUUGAGUUUCUCUGUUCAAAUCUCAGGAGCUUUAUUUUAGUGUGGACUUUUUUUUUGCUCCAGAAUUGAAGAGUGAAAACAAAACUGAACCACAGCAAGGUCAAGUGUCCAGAAGCAUGAUGAGGUAGUUAGGAUUGCUGGGACCUUGUUGUGGAGGCAAGAUACAAGAUUACUGAGUGCGUAUUUGUGUGAGAGUGUUGUCCUGUUCUGCUGAAGGGGGAGAGUGUGGAUUUGAGGUGCUCACCUCUCCUGGGUGAAACGAGUGGCGAUGAGGAUGAGAAGCAACGUGGGAUGGCUGUAUUGCCUGCAACUGCUGUGUGCUAUGUCUACACUGAGGGCUUAUCCCUUCACACCUCCUCUGGACCUGGAUGUCACUCCCAGAACUACUGUCCUUUUCAAUGAGUUGUGGGGGUGCAGACGCUUCAGUGGCUCUGCUCUGAACUACAGCACCCUGCUGCUGGAGGAGGAGCCAGGUUUGCUGUAUGUGGGAGCUAGAGGAGCACUGUAUGCCCUGCAGGCUUCUAAUAUCUCCAGCUCCAGUCACACAAUUGACUGGGAGGCACCUGAAGACCGGAAGCAGCUCUGUCUGAACAAAGGGAAAGAUAACAAGACUGAAUGUUUUAAUCACAUCCGAUUCCUGCAGAGAUUCAACAGCACCCACUUAUAUACUUGUGGAACUCAUGCGUUUAGCCCACAGUGUGCAUAUAUUGAUAGUAGGGAGUUUAAAAUGUCUUCAGUGAUUGAGGAGGGUCGAGAAAGGUGCCCUUAUGACCCUGCUAAAGGCUACACAGGCCUGCUUAUUGAUGGUCAAAUGUACACGGCUUCUCAGUAUGAGUUCUGGAGUUCUCCAGACAUUCGUAGGAACUCUCCGAACCCCAUGCUGAGAACAGAGGAAGCCCCCACUCGCUGGCUUUAUGAGGCUGAUUUUGUGGAGUCGGCGCUGGUGAAGGAGAGUGUGAAUAGCUCUGUCGGAGAUGACGAUAAAAUCUAUUUCUUCUUCACGGAGAAGAGUCAGGAACACAGUCUGUACUUCAGCUACGGCAGGGUGGCCCGUGUGGCCCGUGUGUGUAAGAGCGACAGAGGUGGUCUCCUGACCCUGCAAAAGAAGUGGACGUCCUUCCUGAAGGCUCGGUUGGUCUGCUCGCUGCCUGACUAUAAGUUCCACUUUAAUGUUUUGCGCAGCAUGUUUGUGUUGGAGGGCCCCAGGACUGAGGACACUAUGCUGUAUGGCAUCUUUGGUUUGGAAUGGAAAAACGUCAAAGCUUCGGCCAUCUGCCGCUACUCAAUCAAAGACGUCCAGCAGGUCUUUGAAGGGCCCUACAUGGAAAAUCAGGAGGACGCUGGCGCCAAACUGACUGAGUACACGGGGAAGGUGCCUGAUCCGAGACCUGGCUCGUGCAUCACAGAUCGACUCAGGGAAAGAAACAUCAACUUCUCCACUGACCUGCCGGAUGAUGUGCUACAUUUUGUACGACGUCAUCCACUAAUGUCUCGACAGAUUCUCCCUCUAGGACAACGUCCCCUGCUGUUUCGGAGGACUGUGGACUACACUAAAAUAGUGGUGCACAAAGUGACUGCUCUAGAUGGACAGACAUACCACAUGCUCUUCAUUGGGACAGAUGAAGGUUGGCUCCAGAGAGCAGUAGAAAUUAACGGUCAGCUUCACAUUAUUGAAGAGCUGCAGCUGUUUGAGGAGCCACAGCCUGUGGACAGUAUAGUCAUCUCUCAGAAACAGAUGAGUGUGUAUGUGGGCUCACCCUCUGGUGUUGUGCAGCUGCCUUUGUCCACAUGUCACAGAUAUACAUCCUGCUUUGAUUGCGUGUUAGCACGGGACCCUUUCUGUGCUUGGGAUGGGGCUGAAUGUGUGGAGAUCACUUCACACCCAGACAGAUCCAGUCUGACUCAAGACAUCCUUAAUGGGAAUCAAGGCUGUGCAAAAUCUGCAGCAGAUGACCUGGCGCUCCAUCGCAUUCGCUCAGUGGUGGCAGGGGACGACGUGCUUCUGCAAUGUGAGCUCAGCUCUAAUCUCGCAACCCCGCGGUGGACGAGGAAUAAGCAGCAGCUGCAGGGCUAUGGGCUGAACUCAGGCUAUCGCAUUGGCACUGAUGGCUUGCUGGUGAUUGAGGCAAGACCAGAGCAGAGUGGCAACUAUAGCUGCUUCGCCCUGGAGAACGGCGUCCGCAUCCAUGUAGUGAUCUACAAAUUGAUUGUGCACCAAUACCUACCGCCGGCACCCCACUCAACCCUCCAACCCAAAAACUCCAACGACAGCAAUCCAGCACCUCUCCCCCCGCAGUUCCAGUCCAUGAAGAACAUGGAGGCCAUGUACAUCUCUCUGAUCACCAUCCUUGGUGGAUUGUGCCUGGUCCUGACUGUAGUGCUGCUGUAUGUGAGUUUCUGUGUGCAGAGCAAACGGGGGAAGUACUCUCUCCGGGCAGCAGCCCAAGCUGACAGAAAGAAGAAGAGGAAUGACCGUAUGGAGCUGAAGACUAUCUCCAGCCACUGUAAUGGGAAAGCAAACACUCACGAUGGACUGCUACAGAUUGUUCCUGGAGAGGCCCAGGUUUCCUCCAAUAAAGAGCUUCCUCCUGCACCUCCACUCCCUCCACCUCCACCAAACUCUGAGCUGGACUACACCAAUGGGUUCUCCGCCACACUGCCCAGUGUCUUACGCAAAAUGAACGGCAAUAGUUACGUAUUACUCAGACAAACUGAUGGAGACACCACGUCUCCACUGUACUACUCUUUCACCGAUGAGCUCAACCAGAUUCUGGAAAAGAGGAAGCACACACAGCUGUGUAGCAAACCCGAUGAGAGUUCAGUAUAACACUUCAGAAACAAUACGGUACCUGCUUAAAGGUCAGAAAGGAUUUUGUUUCAGCUACGGCCUACAUUGCAUACAAACUGAAAUGGAUAAUAGCCUGGCUGAUGAAAGAUUCUGUUUCAUAUUUUCCUGUCCAGUGACAUUUUUUUUUUUAAUCGUCUCUUAUUUUGAAGAGAAAAGAUUCACUGAACAUGAAAAACAAGAACAGAACAAAAGUAGUGACACAAACACAUAAUGCAUAAUCUACCUCGGAAGAUUGUUGCUAUAAUAAUAGCACCGUGUUCCACUGGGAGUGUGAGAUGGGAGGUGGUGAGGAACAGCAGGUACUUCAGCACAGAAGUCUGCCUGUGGGGUGAAAGCUUGAAUGCUUCACAUGAAAUACAGAGGAAAAGGUCCGAACAGGAACAUGCAGGGUUAUGGAAUUAUUUGUUUCAUUGGUUAAAGGAACUGCUGGCUGAAGUCUAAUAAUUUCAGAAAAAAAAAACUUUUAAUCUGGAUGUGGCUGCUUUUGAGCAAUACUGCUGAACUGCACUAAAUGUUGAUAUUUUCUAUUGAGAUAAUCAGCUAUUUAUGUCACCACUGACUACACUGAUGACUCAACUAACUGCAUUUAAUGCAACAAUGAACACUGAAAGACUUUAACAUUAUGACUUCAGUUUUUACAGCUUGAUUUUUGAGGGGAAAAAAAAGAGUGUGAUAGUAUUAAUUACUGGGAUGCACUUUAAGGGCAAAAGGCAUUUGUUGUAAAUGAUACUUGUUCUGCAAGAGAUGGAGCGUGCUCUGAGUAUCACAAUGGAAGUCCUAGUUUUGUAGGAUAAAUUGAGGAUUCUUCAAAAAUCAAUACCAUUGCUGGGUCAGAGUCAAAUGCUUUACUAACCACUAAAUGAACAUGUUUUUAAAGAAGACACUAAUAAGACAUUCUACAAUUCAUAAUCCAGACAAAAUGAAUUGUAAAGAGUAAACCAUAAUUCUUCUCUGGCUCAGAGCCAUUCUUUGUCUGAUGUCACUCAGCUUAUGACUGAGUGUUGGUGCAGUUCCCAUCUGACGUCGCUGGAAUUUCUGAAAGACCUACCUGCCAGUUAACCAUGACGACAGAGAAGCAGAGGUAAGCUGAUGUUGACGUUCUGCGAGUAUUUUCUUGAGACAGCCAAUUACAGCCUAUCCUUCAGACAGGCUUUUUAAUCUUAAGAGGGAAAGCGAAUUAGUACAAAACAGUAAUGACAAUUGGAUUCUGUGCACAGGAAUUAUUACUAUUUUAAAUUGCUGAGUAGUAAACGCUCUUACAAUAAUAUGUUCAUAGGACUUGUUAAACUACUAUGAACUAUUGUUACUAUGAAGUAUUGUUCUACUUUGGUUUUGACAAUUAAUCAAAUGAAUUUGUUCUAGGAAAUGUAUUGUAUUUAUUGCAUAAUGGAUGAGUACCAGUUUGGCCUCUCUUCUGUUCUAAUCAGAGAGAGAGAGAGAGAGAUAGCAGCUCUGCUAUUUCUGAGGAAAUGCACAGAUUGCAGUAACGCUAAGAUGAAAACAUUAAGGCCAUAGGUUCAGGACACAGCUGAGAUUAUGCUGAUCCAUCUUUUUCUAUUUCUCUCUCUCUCUGUCUCCCCCUUUUCUCUUUCUUUUGUGUGUGUGUCUUUCUCCUUAAAGUGCGUGAAAUCCACCAUCAGUUACUCCUCUCUUACCAAAUAUCUCCUGUUUUGUCCUCCUAUCACCCUCUCAGCCAACCCCCCCAACACUCUUGCCCUCUCCCCUAAAUCUCACAUCUACUUAUCUCACAAAUUGCUCCCAUUUUCUUUCAAUGCUGUGAUGACAGGAACAGAUGUGUGCAUGCACUAUGCUCCCUCAGAGACCCAUGUGCUCACGAGCUGGUUGUUCAGACACCACAUGUGAUGUUUUACAUUCCCCAGAUCCAGCUUAGUAGUGAGAAAGAUGUGCGAGAUUGCAUCUAGCAUGCCAGGACAUGACUGUAUCUUGAAUGUGGUCUUAAUUCAAACCAAAGGUAGUAGAAUCUAAGCCACAUUAAAGAAAAUGAAAGAGAGAGAGAGAGACUGUUUAAGAAAAGGUCAUUAGAGAGAUUUAGCUGCAGUUUGUUCAUGAUUAGGCAAAGGUGUGUUACAGGAAACAUGCAGAACUGACUGGAUAUUCCCAAAGCAUGUACUCACAUUAUGUUAUAGGCCUGGCUGUGUGAGUUAUUCUGAGCAUGACUGUAAUUCGUCAUUGACUUUUUAAAAAAAUAUCUGCUUUACAGGUUUGAAGAACAGUUCGCUGCCGGCUCAUGCUUUGCCACAAUGGAGGGAAUCUCCAAUAAGCCAGUGUCAGAAAAAUGAAACACUUUAAAAACAAUGGACUUUGAGCAUCGAGUGAUGGAUUUAUCAAUGUGAAAUAAAGGAAGCCCAGGCAUUUUUUAAUAAUUGGGUAAAUAGUUUGUAGUCCUGCAGUUCUGUACUACAAUGCCUCCCUGAGUUUACAAGAGCAGUCUGAGUAAAUCAAUCUUAAUCUGAUCUUUGCCACUCUCCAACUUUAUCCAUUUACAGUGGGUGUUAAAUAUGGGCCAGUGUUUAUAUCAAAUUCUUGUACAUUUUAUAUUUUAUUAUUUAAUUUAAUUAAACAUUUGUGCAAGUAAUGAUGUAUGUCCAAAGUUGUUUUGUUUUUUUGUUUUUAGUUCUGUAACAUAAUUAUAACCCUGGCAUCAGGUGUUCUAUUUAUUUUGAAUGCAAGAAUUUGCAUUUAGGCAUCCAUCAAGUGCAAACUGUACAUCAUUUAUUCAGUAAUGAAAAAAACUAUAUUUCACACUCUCUUGAGAAGAUUUUGAUUUGGUUGUAUGCCUUGUCAGUGGUAGGCAAGAGUAUGUAGGCUGUCUCUGGAUCUGCACGUAGAAGCAGUUUAGAGUUGUGUCUGGACAAGACUGAGAGAAAUUAUAGUCGGUGUGUAUGGUUCUGACAUGCUCUCGCGCUCUCUCUCUCUGGGAAACACUCAGUCACCCAGAGCUGUGUGUGUCCAGACAGGCCUGCACUCGAAUACACAGGCUAAAUAUGGAAGUGAAUAUGACUCCAGAGAGAAUACCCAGUGUUGCUUUGUGUUUCAGAGCUGAUAACACAGUUAACAUGUGAGCUGAGGGAUGUGUAAUGUGAAUUAAUUGAAAGUGUAUAUUUACAUUUUCUUCUCAUUAAAUCCCAAUCACAAUGUU